UUUUCAUUUCUGCUGCGCAUUCAUUUUUUGUCAGCCAAUGAAAAAAUUCGAAUUUUUGGGUGCGCCCAGAGCUACUCGUCAACGACUUUUUAAGACGAGUAGCACUGGGGACGAGAAUGGCCCGAACGCAGAACGUCAACCUGUGUCCCGCCAGUCAUGCGCAGUGGACCUUUUGGCUUUUCCCUGAUCUUAUGGCGUUCCCGUCGCCGUCCGCGUUGUCGUUGCUUUAAGUCCCUGAUAUCGUGUUCAAGCCUCCAGUUGACUUUAAAGCGCGGACCCAGUCACAUUUCAUGUGUUCUGAUAUGAAAUGUCCAGAAUGUUCAUUUUAGUGUGACGUGUAGACAUAGGCGUACGGGCACCUUCGGACUUAGCAGGUGGGGGUGGGGAGGGGGGCGGGGCGGGGCGGAGAAUAGAAGCCGUUUUCUAUUAAUUUUUCCCCAAAUGUCAGACGUCCUGAGGUUACUGCUCAAAAGGAAUCUUUAGUCCAUAACAGGUGUCUAGGUCAUUACAAGUUUAAGAUUGUAAAGAAAGUAAAAUAUAUCUGUAUUCCAGUUGAUUUAUAAGCUAUAAAAGACGUGGAUCUGGAUAAAAUAAGACUAAGUUACUCAGUACAAAUAAAGUUUUACUCCCAGCCAUAAAACUAAUAUUCAGCGGUUGUUGCAACUGUUUGGUAACCAAGCUUUUAUCGAUCGAACCGAUAAACUGGCUUUUGAGCAGGAUGGUUUACCAAACGGCAACUCUCAAGAAGACAUCUAUGAUGUGUAAGAUUUACUCAACAUUUUCCGAUCGUUAUUUUAUUUCUCUUUACUCUUGCGCCUCAACAUCAAAUUCGCAGGUGAUGAGAAUGUACGACUUCGUAUCCUUCAUAGGAUGGUCUUAUCUUAAGAUGGCAAAAAACAGUUUUCAGCACUUUCCGUGACUAAGAUUUUGAUAGGUCAUCAUAACCACUCUUCAUCAGUUAACGCUACUUUUUAGGCUUGAAGAUUGGCUAUUAUUUUCUCGUGUUAAAAGCAACAACUGUUUUACCCGCUACACUCGUUCGUAAAAUAUAAUUUAUAUCUUCGCGCCGCCAUGCAAUAUAAUGGUGAUUGAAUACUUUGUUCUUAUUCUCUGUUAUAGACCUGAUAUAGACCUCUCUGAACCUCAGUGGUUACGUGGGAUACUUUACAGGACUGAGGCUGAAGCGCUCUUAAAAAACAAAGUCGACGGUACUUUCAUGAUCAGAAAAAGUAAUUCGCGGCCCGGGAAUUGGGCUGUCUCCCUCAAGCACAGAGGUUGUGUGAAGCACAUUCUAGUAGAGCGAGGUCCAGAAGGCUUCUUUGGUUUAUCGGUGAAAUGCACCACGUAUCCAACGUUGGUUGAUUUAGUGCGACAUUAUCACGAGAACACGCUACAGGUUCAUAACCCCGAACUCGAUACAACCCUUAAAUUCCCCCUGGGGAGUUUUGUGGGGUGAAACUCGUAAAAUUUCACUCGAAGCUUUGUAUUCCGUGCAAUUUUGGUCGAAGCGAAGGAGGCCUGUCUAGGGUGGUGUAACAAGGGAAGUUCCUUGUUCCCUGGGGGCAAUUUCUUAGUUCCGAUGGGAAGUCCAUUGUAGUAUAAACUUGUAAUUGUAAUUUAUUUUUCUUUGCGCAAUUGCGUAGAAAUCAUUUAUAUAAUAUAUAAUAUAUAAUAUAUAAUAUAUAGAUUUGGAAUGUUGUUACUAAUGCAAAUAAUCCAACAUGUA